AUGUUGAGAUCUGUUAGUUCUAUUGAAAUCAAAGCUGAUGAUAUCGAUCAAAUGAAGAAGGACCUGCUGGAAUUGUAUUACAAGACGGGUGCUACUAAGAGAACUGUAGAAUCCGAUCCUGGUUCAGAAGUAGAAGCUAGACAACCUCUAUCACCUGGUUCUGUUACAUCAUUGAUGGAUAUAGGCAGAAAGCAGAAAAAGAAACAGAAGAAUAGGUGUGACUGGCCCACAGUUGACAAACACACCAAAGGUGGUAAACUCGAAAUCAGUGCCAAUUAG